UUCACUCCUCUCCGAUUCAAACCCUAAUUUCUCAGAAAUGGAAGCCACAAAGGUCACCAGAGGCGCCGGAGGACGAAAAGGCGGCGACCGGAAGAAAUCGGUCUCCAAGUCCAUCAAGGCCGGCCUCCAAUUCCCCGUCGGCCGUAUCGCCCGCUUCUUGAAAAAGGGCCGCUACGCCCAGCGAACCGGGUCCGGCGCUCCCAUCUACCUCGCCGCCGUCCUCGAAUAUCUCGCCGCCGAGGUGCUGGAGCUCGCCGGGAACGCGGCACGUGACAACAAGAAGACGAGGAUCAACCCGAGGCACGUGCUAUUGGCGGUGAGGAACGACGAGGAGCUGGGAAAGCUUUUGGCCGGAGUGACCAUCGCCAGCGGUGGAGUGCUUCCGAACAUCAACCCGAUCUUGCUUCCCAAGAGCACCGCACGCUCCGACGCCGCGGAGAAGGCGCCCAAGGCACUCAAAUCGCCGAAGAAGGCCGCUUAAAACGACGUGUAGUUUUUUUAGUGACAGAAGUUGUUGUAGGGUUUCGUUUCUGAUUAUAUUGUAAUCAGUUUGGUUCAUAAAUAAAAUAGGUUUCAUUUCGUAUAUAA